AUAGUGCAACCGGUACGGUGUCGAGAACACUAUACACCGCUGGAUAAGCUUCCGUUCAAAGCAGUAUAUGAACUAGAAUUUAGAAAAACAGAAUGUCCGAGAUUACAUUUCCACCAGAAGAGCCGAAGAACAACAACUUCCAACCAUACUAUCGACGUUUGGUUGCUUUGAAAAACCACGGAAAUUACAAAGACUGGCCCCAAGAGGUCAAAUAUGGAAUUGAUCACGUGAUAAAACUCAUUGAUGCACGUGAGAAUUACGUCGAGAAUGUGUGUUCAAAACCCGGGAAAGUACUGGCGGAAAUCAGCGAGUUCACGGAAACUACCGACUGGGCUGAGUUACAUAAAAGCGGGAAAACUACAUGUCCAUUGCCUUCUGACAUGUUGACAGGUCACGUUGAAGGUUUGUUUUUGAAGUUCCUGGUAAGCAUGCAACAAGCAAAGUAUGUUCUCGAUAUUGGAAUGUUUACCGGAUACAGCGCCCUGUCGAUGGCGGAAGCGCUUCCUGCCGACGGUAAAGUGUUCACGUGUGACCGGGAACAAUAUCUCGCUGACCUCAACCGGAAGGUGUUUGAUUCGUCACCUCACGGGAAGAAGAUAGAAAUUCGACUAGGAGAUGUAGGAGAUACUCUGAAGGCACUGGCUAAAGAUGGCGUACAGAUCGACUUCGUGUUCCUGGAUGCUGGCGCGGAGAAGUAUGGGGAAUAUUUUGAUUUUCUUCUUGACAAAAACAUCCUUGCACCCCGGGGCACGAUCGCCGUCGAUAACACUCUUUGGUUUGGGCGAUCUUACCUGGAACACGAAAACCACAGGGCAAAGUUUAACAAAAAGAUCACAGAAGAUCGGAGAGUACAACAGGUCCUGUUGCCAGUCAGAGAUGGCAUCAUUGCUGAUUCAGAAGAACUGGUGAUAUAGACGGACAGG